CCAAUCAUUCUUCUUCAUACUUGACAUCCCAACUCUACCUGUGUGUGUGAGAGAGUCAGCUACUAAGUUAGCAGAGGUUAUUUAGUGAAGAAGCUCAUUAGGAAAAUGGGUGUUGUGGAUCAUGUUUCAAACAUGUUAAAUUGCUCCAGCGGCCAUUCCAAGCAUAAGAAACACAAAAAGCUUCAGACAGUAGAGAUAAAGAUCAAGAUAGACUGCGAAGGAUGUGAGAGAAAGGUGAGGAGGUCUGUGGAAGGAAUGAAAGGCGUGACAUCAAUAGAUAUAUCUCCGAAGCAGAACAAGCUCAAGGUGACCGGCUAUGUGGACCCCGAAAAGGUCGUUGCGCGUGUGGCUCACCGCACCGGGAAGAAGGCCGAGCUGUGGCCGUACAUCCCCUACGACGAGGUGGACCAUCCCUACGCCCACGGCGUCUACGACAAUAAGGCCCCUGCUGGCUACGUUCGAUACGGGAGCGACGCUCAGACGUCGCACCUCGCACGAGCCAGCUCCAUCGAAGUCCGUUACACCACCGCCUUCAGCGACGAAAAUCCUACCGCAUGUGCCAUCAUGUGAUGGAUCCUUUGUGGAAUCACAAUCUUGUGCUAGUACCUUUUUUUCUAUUGUGCUUAAUUUGUAAGAUAAGUGUUGAAUUGAAACACAUUGCACAAGCAUAUUAACUAGUAUAUUGAUUAAUCUUAA